AUGGAAGCCCAGCGAAUCGCAACGCAGCAGCCAGACACGAGCACUGAGUACUCCAUCAAGAUCGCCAUGCGGGAUGGUUUCCUAUCUGAGGCUCGCAUCCAUAGACCCUCUGGUGAAGGGAAGCAUCCGCUUCUUGUCUUGCUCUUUGGUGGCGGUUUCAUGUUCGGGGACUGCGACCAGCUGAGCCCCUACGCCCGGCUAGCUACGAGGCUUCUAAACGUUACCGUGAUCAACUUGUCUUACCGCCUCGCCCCAGAGCACAAAUUUCCCACAGCACCACACGACGUUUGGGAUGGCAUUCUUUGGAUCACACGGAACGCAGAGCAUCUCCAGGUGGACCUUGCAGCUGGAUUUGUGAUUGGAGGCCUCUCGGCUGGAGGAAAUUUGGCCGCGGUCACGACGCAGAAAUCUCUCGAUGAAAGGCUCAGCCCCGCUGUGACUGGACUGUGGCUUGGCGUUCCGUGGGUCCUCGAGUCGGAGAUCGUACCCGAAAAGUACAAACAAGUCUAUUUUUCGAGGACGCAAUGUUCUGGUGCCCCGGGACUGGAUCAGCAGGCUAUGGAUAUGUUUAUUUCCGCCUACGACGCGGAUGUCAAGUCGCCGGACUUUUCUCCCUUCAACUCGACGAACCCACACAAGGGAAUGCCGCAAACAUUUGUCCAGGUGUGCGGUGCGGAUCCUCUUAGAGAUGAUGGUCUUAUCUACGAGCGGGCACUGAGGGAGGAGGGGGUAGAGACCAGGUUGUUAGUAUACCCCAAUAUCCCUCAUCUCUUAUCCGAUUUCUUUCAGCUGGAAGCAUUUCAAAACUUCCAUUUCGAUAUCUUGAACAGCUGGGCGAGCCUCUUCAAGAAGCACGUGGCAGCGGAGGAUAUCAAACAGGCGCUAGCUGACAGUCCAUUUACACCAUGUACUUAA